UUCAGACACAAACCGGGUCGUGGCAGCGAGGACGGGCUGAGACAAGCAACCAGGAAGCAGUCAUGGCGGACUGGAGCCUGCUGGGAAACUUCCUGGAGGAAGUGCAGGAGCACUCCACCUCCGUGGGCAAGGUGUGGCUGACCAUCCUCUUCAUCUUCCGGAUCCUGGUGCUGGGAACGGCGGCCGAGUCGUCCUGGGGAGACGAGCAGGAAGACUUCAACUGCGACACCGAGCAGCCGGGCUGCGAGAACGUGUGCUACGACCGAGCGUUCCCCAUCGCGCACAUACGGUACUGGGUGCUGCAGAUCGUCUUCGUGUCGACGCCCAGCCUGAUCUACAUGGGCCACGCCAUGCACACAGUGCGCCAGGAGGAGAAGAGGCGGAGCCGAGAGGAGGGGGGGGAGGGGGAGGGUGGAGGGGGGGGAGAGGAGGACCCCGGGGGAGGGGAGGGAGGGGGAGGGGGCGGAGGAGAGAAGCAGGCGAGGAAGGAGGACGGCGACGACGGGAAGGAGAAGAGCGACGGUCCGUCUGCCGGCCGAGUCCGCCUGAGGGGGGCGCUGCUGCAGACCUACAUCCUCAGCAUCCUCAUCCGCAGCAUCAUGGAGGUGGUGUUCCUGUGUCUCCAGUACUUCCUGUACGGCAUCUUCCUCCACCCGCUGUACGUCUGCAAGGCCUGGCCCUGUCCCCACCCCGUCAACUGCUACGUCUCCAGGCCCACGGAGAAGAACGUCUUCAUCGUCUUCAUGCUGGCGGUGUCCGCCGUGUCCCUGGUGCUCAGCGUGCUGGAGCUGCACCACCUGGCCUGGAAGCACUGCUGCAGGAGGUUCUUCUUCUCGGCGAAGGCGGUCGCUCCAGCCCGGGCGCCGCUGUCCCGCCAGCUGUCCCUGUCCCCGCCGCCGCCGCCGUCCACCCCGCCGCCGGACUUCAGCCAGUGCGUGAGCGACUCCUCCCACUUCCUGGCCCUGCCGUUCCCCCACCACCGCCUGGCCAGCCAGCAGAACUCGGAGAACAUGGCGGCGGAGAAGAGCAAGCUGGCAGAGGAGGUGAACUUCCUGCAGAUGAGCUGCUACUCCAGCGGGUGGCAGAAGGCGGGCGACGCCCCCCUCCGGGACGGGGGCUUCCUGAGGACCGGGGCCGCCUGCUUCGGCACUGAGAGGAGUCCUCAGGUCUGUCCCCAGGUCCAGAACGGGGGACCGGACGGGCUGCCCAGGGACAAGCGGAGGUUCAGCAGAACCAGCGGGACGAGCAGCCGGACCCGAGCCGACGACCUGUCGGUCUAGACUCCGGACCGGCGUCCGUCUGGAGCUGCAGGACUCUCAGACCCGGGUCGGUCGGUUUGUCAGAACACUGAAGCUCACCAGUAACUAGUAACUAGUAACUCACCGUGUUGAUGGUUCUGCUAAAUGCUGUCAAACCAAGAAAGACUCCAGAUGAAGGAGGAGGAACAUUAAUGCCGAUCAGAACCCGGACCAGGACGAACCAGGGGGUCAAGACGGAGCGUCAGAUAAAGACGAACAAACCAGAGUCCUCUGAAACAAAACUGCCAGGACUGAGUCAACUGCUGGAGCUCUUAUUUUGAAGGUUCAAAAUGUCAUUUAAAGGAAAGAACCACCAGAGUUUGAUUGACAGCUGCUCUGACCUGAACAGCUGCACAAGAGUCACAUGACGCUGAAGUCACAUGACACUGAGGUCACAUGACGCUGAAGUCACAUAACACUGAAGUCACAUGACGCUGAGGUCACAUGACGCUGAAGUCACAUGACGCUGAAGUCACAUAACACUGAAGUCACAUGACGCUGAGGUCACAUGACGCUGAAGUCACAUGACACUGAGGUCACAUGAUGCUGAAGUCACAUGACGCUGGAGCAAGUCAGCAGAAAGCAGAAGUGCUCCCUGAUCCAUAUUCAGACCGGAUGUUAGACCAACCUGGUUCUCUUCAGUCUGUGUGGUUCUCUCAGCAAGGCGGCGGCAUCUGUUCCUCCUCAAAGACCAUGAAGCAGGAGGAACAGCGGAGAACGGCGGAGAACGUUCCGGACGUCCUCCAUUCUGUCAGGCUGCUGGAGACAGGAUCCUUGACUCACUUUGGCUUCUUUCAGAACAGAGACCUGAAAGGUUCUGCUCACUUCCUGUCUCCAGUCUGAUCUGAUCAUGAACAGAAGAAAGACGCCACUUUUCCCAGACAGCAGCCACAUCAGCUGAGUUCAGUAUUUAUUAUUCCAGUGUCAAACACAACCAGCUCCUUUUUGAAACCUAAAGCUUGUUGAAAAAACAGCAGGAUGAAAAUUUAAGAGCGAGAAAAAUAGCUUGUUAAUCUGACUCAAGUCAUAGAGCAUCUUCCUCCCCUAACAUCAGACUAUAGAGCAUCUUCCUCCUCUCAGCCUUUGACCUGCUCACACGAGGACCCUGGUUCAGGUCUGGUCCUCUGAUGUGGUGACGGAGCAGUUCUGUUGAGGCUCUCAGGCUGUGGAAUGAUCUGGAAUGAUCUCUGUAAUGGACGGUCUGGAAUCGACGGAUUGAAACUUGGAUUUUGACUGGAGAGCGUCUGAGGAGCUGAGCAGAUGGACGUCCAGACGGGUUGGUGGGAAAUGCCGACGGAGGGGCCGUCAGGGGUCAGGAUGAGAACCCGUCCCGGUUCCCAUGGCCAGAGUCCACCGUGGGAGCCGGGGCUGAUGGGAGAGGGUUGUCUGAGAGCGAGGAAUGUCUGGGAACUGCAGCAGCGACCAGCUAUCUGUUUCCUCUCUCUCCUUCUGUGGCGGCCUCGUUCACUCCUGUUUACUCCUGUUUGCUCCUGUUUGCUCCUGUUUACUCCUUCAGAACGUUCACACGGGGCUCAGACCCACGAGAUCACAGGAAUCUGUUCCUACUCAUUUUUCAUUCCCUCUUUAUUUUAUGUUUUGCCUCUUUUCUCUCCCUACUUUUCAUUUCAUUUAGAAAGUUUUUCAGACAGACCUGAAAAUAAAGUUAAAAAUGAAGUAAAUAUAAGUAAAUGUGACCGACAGACUUCACAGUUCAACUCAGAUCUUUGCAAUUUUGUGGGAAACAUUGUCCUCUGGUGGUCAAACUUAUAACUGCAGCUCAUCGUAUAUAUCAUAUUACAGUUUUGACUUUCUCAUUUAUCUCGGUAAACACCGAUAUGUUGAAGCUCUGCCUUGAAAUAAAACUUG